AAUGAGGUCACAAUAGCGUCGCGGCAGCACGUAGCCUCGCCAUUUUCGCAGCUCUUUGUGCGCCACUGUCUGCUAAGAGUUUGCGUCUUUUUAUCGAGCGAUUCGUCGACUCGGGUUUUAAGUCUGUCGCAAAAACAAAAAUGCAAGGAAACAGAGGCCCCCAGCAGAACCAUGGCCCCAACCGCCCGGGAGACCAGAAGAAACCCGGAGGUACAAACACGAACGGCCAGCAGCCUGAGCACAGCGAGCAGACCAAUCCCAAUGAGGCCUUAACCCUGGACCUGCAGAGCUUCAGGAAGCCCGGGGAGAAAACCUUCACCCAGCGCAGCAGGCUGUUUGUAGGAAACCUGCCAACCGGAGUUACAGAGGAGGAUCUCGAGAAGCUGUUCUCCAAGUACGGCAAGGCCAAUGAGAUCUUUAUUAACAAGGAAAGAGGCUUCGGCUUCAUCCGGCUGGAGACCAGGAUCAUAGCAGAGAUCGCCAGAGCCGAGCUGGAUGAUGCUCCGUUCAGAGGCAGACCCAUACGGGUGAGGUUCGCAACGCACGGUGCUGCUUUAACUGUGAAAAAUUUGCCAGAUUUUGUGUCCAAUGAGCUGCUGGAGGAGGCCUUUGCGGUGUUUGGUCAGAUAGAAAGAGCUGUGGUCAUAGUGGAUGACAGAGGGAGGCCCACGGGGAAGGGGAUAGUGGAGUUCACCUCAAAGCCAGCUGCAAGGAAGGCUCUAGAUAAGUGUGGUGACGGAGCCUAUCUUCUCACAGCUUUUCCUCGACCUAUUACUGUGGAACCUAUGGAACAGUUUGAUGAAGAGGAGGGGCUGUCAGAAAAGCUCAUAAACAAAAACCAGCAGUAUCACAAAGAGCGUGAGCAGCCGCCACGAUUUGCUCAGCCGGGCUCCUUUGAGUACGAGUAUGCCAUGCGUUGGAAGGCCCUGAUGGAGAUGGAGAAGCAGCAGUACGACAUGGUGGACCGCAACAUGAAGGAGGCUCAGGAGAAGCUGGAGGCUGAGAUGGAGGCGGCCAGACACGAGCAUCAGGUGAUGCUGAUGAGGCAGGACCUGCUGAGGCGGCAGGAGGAGCUGCGCAGGAUGGAGGAGCUCCACAGCCAGGAGGUGCAGAAGAGGAAACAGGCAGAGCAACGGCAGGAGGAGGAACGCCGGAGGAGAGAGGAGGAGAUGAGGAUGCGCAAUGAGGAGAUGAUGAAGAGGCAGCAGGAGGGCUUCAGAGGCAACUUCUCUGAAAACAGGGAGCAAGACAUAAGGAUGCACAUGGGCAACCACGGGAUGAACAGAAACUCGCUGGGUGGCAGUUCUGGUCCUGCUGGCACUCCCGGCAUGGUUGCUGAGAGCGCUCCAAUGAUGCCGGGACCAGGAAACAACAACAUGCCCGGAGGAGGCCAGGGUGGCUUUCCCAGAGGCCUCCCAAGCCCCGGAGACUAUGGACCUAAUAAGCAACGUAGAUUUUGAAUCACAUGUUGUCCCGUCCCGCCCCCCCCCCCCCCCCCCUUUUCAUACUCACUGUAUUUUAAAGUUCAGGUAGUCCGUGUUACUUUUUGAACUUUGAAAGCUAUUGCAUGUAUUAUUUUUUUUACUUUAUUUGUAUUUUUGAGUUAUGUUUUAGUACUAAAAUGCCGUAACUCUCCAAUCGAGCCAUGUGUUUUACUUUGUUUUUCACCUCUAAUGUACUUUUCAUAGGGAUAGAAAAUGUUUUUGUCCUGGACGUUGUUGACUUUUUCUGGAAUAAAUUCACGAUUCCCUAAGAAUUUUGUUUGACAUUUAA